AUGUGGUGGACUAAAGUAGGGUUUCUUAAUGUUUCAGACUGUCUCCAUCUCCAGCUGUACAGGGACAGCAAGGACAGAUACAAGCAAGGACAAACCAAGGCGUCCUUAUCUCUUCAGCACUUCCUUGGAGUUCAUUCAGGUUUUACGCUUGACAAAGAGUCCAACACUAUCGCCAUUAUCUGCCAGGAUGUUACUGUGGUCCUCGCAUUUGACACGAGAGAGCGACUCAUCCAGUGGCAAGUGAAGAUUGCCAACAACCUUGGAGAAGAUGAGCAGUUCCUAGUCCAGAUCCAGUCGGCCCCCGCCCGAGGCAAGAUUCCCCCUGGACCAGCCCGCCUCCACAUCCAGGAACGUCAGUUCUGCAUGACCGUGGGCGUCCCACCUCGACUGGUCGGGUAUUGGCAAAUCGGUCAACUGAGGAGGUAUGGUGUUGUCGAAAAUCGCUUCUGCUUCGAGGGAGGCUCACGGUGUGGCCGCGGGGAGGGUCUGUACGUCCUGGUGUCGGAUCAGGGGAAAGACAUCUCCAGAGCUUUCCAGUUGGCUGCCGAAGGUAAACUGUACUCCAGGAAACGUCAUCACACUAAGAAUGCGCUGGACAGCCCAAAGAAGCGAGUCGAGGCGGAUCUGUGCGGGGCAAGCGGCCUGGAGGAUGCCGUGGCCUGGCCUUCAUGCGAGACUCGGCCCGACUGUGACUAUGCUGACACCGCCUCUGUCACCGACACAUCCGAUACCUAUCACCAGGAGACAGGGAUAUGGACGACGGAGACCAGUAUGGAGAGGUGUAUGAGCUGUAUCAGCAAGUUGGGAGCGAUGAGCCGGUCGUCUACCAUGGUUCAAACCCCCGGCUCGGGCUUUACUCCUGCUUGGACCAUGGAAACCAACAACCCCGGUGGAUGUCCGGUUCCUGCAUCAACAUCCUCUGACGAUACUCGCAACACUUCAACAGACAGUUGGUCACAACCCGGGAUGUCCACAGCGAUACCCACGGUAAGUGAGAGAUGCCAAUGUCCUCCGCCAUCAAAGUUUCCCAACCCUCUGUUACCUCUGGAGUCCAACGUCUCUUCUCCACAAAGGAAGAAGCUAAAACCACCAAUGCCUUUACCAUCUUCUUGCACAUGCCAUCAUGUCAGUACUUACGGAGACUAUGACAUACCGAAACCUUUCCAACUUGCGGGGAGGCCGAACAACGAAACAAGUGGUUCGCCCACGGACGAACUGUACGACACACCCAAACAACUGAAGGAAAGAAUGCUGGGAGAAUACGGAAACUAUGAUGUCCCUCAGCCGGCAAACAGCUGCUCUUGUCCCCAACAUGGAAAUACUACUGUCAGGGUGUUGGAGCGAGAGCGAGAUGAGUGGCGCAGAACAGCCUGUCCUUGCCACCGGGUGAUGAGCUGGAUGUCCUUGCCUCUGCCAUAUUGCCGCAGGGGUUACGGCAGAGAGAACACGGCCCCAACACAAAAGGUCAAGCUUAGUGGAGAAGGGAAAAUGCCUAUUGCAAAUUCAAAUUCAUCUAUACCUAUAUACGCCACAAUAGAUAGGUCAAAAAAGACAAAAUGUAGAAUAGCUCAGGCAAUGAGCCAAAAUAGUGACAAUUGCAAUGCAAACCGGUCAGAAAAUAUUGCAGUGACCAGUGAAGAACUAAAACUAGAUGAGGUUAUUCUCAGCACUAAUUACGCUAACAUUGAAAGUACCGGCAAUAAUCUUCCACUAAACACAUUAGACAAGUCUGGUAACACAACUAACUCCCCUAUGUACAUGAACUUUGAGUUUGCUCAGUCACUGGAGUAUUACGAAAACUCCAAAGAUGUGCUCAAGAGAGCUCGGCAGAUCAAUGAUAAGGGAGAACAAACGCAUGAAAGUAAACAACCACAAACCGUUCUCCGAAACGGUGAAAAGUAUUGUGUAAAGUGUGGCCACGCGAGUAAAAGAGAUCCCCAUAAACCACCGGAGAAGCAAGACGACUAUUUGCUAAUGGAACCAUCCGCUAAGGAAGACAGUGGUCAAAUGGUGAAUGGGAAGAAUUCUAACCCAGCUGUAAAGCAUUUCCCUGGCUACUUGCCCAUGCAUCCAGUGCCUUCUACUGGAGGAAUUUCCAAAACAGAGCUUCUAGAAUAUAACUUCUCGUGCAGAAGAAGCUUGCUGUCUGAGAGAGCAGCGAGUUCUCCGAGUCUGUGCGGUCCAGUUGUUGACAGAUCCAAGAAACACGUAGAGACCAACCUCGGCAAUUCCAGAUUUUCAGCUCACAACGUCAACCAUUCUAUUUCGGCCACAAGCAGCCCUUAUUUGCGGCGAAGGUUGUUGAACAGUUUAGGCAACAUCGGAGACGAAGAACCGAGGUACAACAGUGCUCUACUCAGAAAGAGAUCAAACUCUGCGGAUUCAGCAAGGUACUUGGACGAUUUAGAGUCAAUAACGGAGAGGACUGUUUCAUCAUCUCCUACACAAAUAAAUGUUGAAAGCAGUAAGAACACCUCAAUGGACUCUUUAUGUAGCCAGUCUCUGAGUAUUAAAAGACUGAAUGAUGUAUCUUUAAGCAACGGUAGCAGUUUUUCUAACAUUCCUCCUUGUACAGAUGAAACCCAAAAUGUAGAGAAGGAUAUUGAUGAAGUGCCUUAUGAAAAGCCUGAACCUGCAAAACAAGAAAUUGUAGUUGAUGCGAGAUUUUCCGUCAGAGACACCGCAGACCAUCCGGGUUUGACGGUUCAUAUCAGGAGAUCGUCUAGUGUACCGUGCAAAUCUGGUCAUAACCGAGACUCCUCAAGUUCCAACGACUCUGGAGUUUCGAUCGGCUCCCUAAAGCAGAGAGGAUCAGACUUUGCUGAGUUUGAAUUACCUCUGACAACCUCAAUGUCUACUAGAAGACAUCAUCAUGCUCUGAGCCAACAUCUGAAUGCACACCACAUCGACUGUUUUCACGCUUCACUGCCACGGAGGUCAAAAUCAUCUGAUCCACUGCGAGAAUUAUCUUUCCAAUUUCAAGAUAUCAAGAUAACUCCAAAGUCAUCUUCAGCAGAAGCUGAAGUUCCAAUAUGCCUCAUCAAGAAAGACGCAAAAGGCUACCUAAGUCCAGGCAGUGCUAUGCCAUACAUAGACUCCCACAGCACCAGCAGUGGUACCUCUGACAUGUCCGAUUACAUCGAGACUCUCUCCCUCUCCUCCUACAGCUCUUCUGACACUCCUGAAAGCCUUCGGUUCAGCCGCACAGCCGCCACAACAUUGAGACCGCGGUCUGGGAAGGAAUAUCACAAAAUUGACCGAUACUUCUUAGACAGUGACAUGAAGAAGCCUCCCUACAUCCCUAUACCUCCAGUUGUGGAAAACUCCGAAUCUACAAGUUUUCUGGAUACUAAAUAGGGUCACUAAACUUCAGGUGCUGUUUCAUCUCCUGCCACUGCAAUUUUGACUCUUAGUCCUCCAAACGCAAUAAUAAUCAUAGGGUAUUAGGCUAUAAGUAUUGUAGUUAUAUAUUUUUUACCAGGACAAAUAGAGCCAUCCAAUAUUAUACUACACGUUUACAUUUUUGUGCAGUAUGGUUUACAUCUCUACCCUUUGUAAAUAAAUAUACAUUUAUUACAUCACUACACUCGUACACUGCAAUUUUAGUUGUGAAAAAGAAAACUACUAUAACAGGUGCUGCUUUUUUAUCAGGGAAAUAACAAUAGAUCUGUUUUUGUCCAUGGGAAUUAGAACCAAAAUCUAAUAUACACACUACUGUACACAACACUUAGUACAGUACUGUAGUUCCAAAGUUCUAUUUGGUCUAAUAGGGUUAAUUUUUGGGUGCAAAAAUAUUAUUGCAAUUUCGGUGAUGUUCAGUUUUACAAUCGUGUAUUGAGUCUAAAUUUGUAUAAUGCUUUACCCCCCGCGAAGUUUAAUUACGGAUUACCCAUAAAGCAAUUAUUAUCCUACUCCGUAUUUGAGUCCAGCACUACAUAAUCUAAGUAAAUCCCAAAAAAUGUCAAAUGUAAUGAAAUAUUGUUUUUUUUCUUUUAUUGAAUACCAUGUUAUACAAAUAAAACCUGUUUUCCUAGUCUUUUAAUUGUGAAUAAAACAUAUGUAUUAGGAUUGUAUGCCCUCAUUGGUGCAAUAAUAUAUAAUAUUUAAAGUAUUAUUUCAAAUAUUUAGCUCUCAAUAUUCUUGUGUCUGGAGUACAAGAAUGUACAGCAUAAGUAUACCUCACAAUGU